AUGCACAGUAGGUCAGUAGAGGCUCCCAUGAACCACAAUAAACCCGGCCGGCUUUGUGACCGCUCCGAACCCGCCUCUUUAUCACCUUACACAAGGCAAAGACUCAUUGGUCCAUCGCGCACACCCUGCUCUGUGAUUGGCCCAGGCAGCCGUCAGUCAAGAAUACAGACGCAGGCAGCGAAUCAGGGACGACAGCUGCAUCCCAAAGCCCUGCCUCUAGGACCGGGAUUCAAUGAGGCAGAGGCUGACGUCAACCCCCAUCCAGACAGCGUGAUCCCCCUCCACACACGCCAACAUUACAGACCUACACAUGCCAUCAGGGAGCUGAGAGAGAGACAGAGAGACAAGACACAUCUGACCCAGGGCGGCUGUGGCAGGAGACUUGGCUGA